AUGGCAGGAGCCCUUCAAAAUGCGAAACGAGACCUCAGGAAGAUCAGAGAUGAAGAGCGUGAAUCGCGAUUUGGCCAAGUUUUUGGUGUCUCAGGUCCUGUCGUGAUUGCAGAAAAUAUGAUUGGUGCCGCCAUGUACGAGCUCGUUCGCGUCGGGCACGAUGAGCUGGUAGGAGAGGUCAUCCGCAUAGAGUCUGACAAAGCGACGAUUCAAGUGUACGAAGAGACGUCCGGCGUAACAGUCGGUGAUCCCGUGCUGCGCACAGGAAAGCCAUUGAGUGUAGAACUUGGUCCUGGCUUGAUGGGCAACAUCGUGGAUGGCAUUCAGCGACCUCUUCGAUCAAUUCAAGAGCUGUCAAAGUCAAUUUACAUUCCCCGUGGUAUCAACACUGAGGCACUUGAUCGAUCGCUAAGUUGGGACUUCAAUCCUUCAUCGUUCAAGGUUGGCGAUCAUAUAUCAGGCGGUGACAUCUUCGGAGGCGUCUAUGAGAACUCUCUGGUCGAUAACCACAAGAUCAUGCUUUCACCACGCGCGCUUGGCACAAUCACGCACAUUGCGGAGAAAGGCAGCUAUUCCGUUGCCGACACCAUAUUGGAGACAGAAUUCGAAGGCAAGACUACUAAGCACUCUAUGAUGCAAUUAUGGCCUGUCCGAGCACCUCGACCUGUUACGGAGAAACAGACUGCCGACUAUCCUCUUUUAACUGGGCAGCGCAUUCUCGAUGCUUUGUUCCCGUGUGUGCAAGGCGGUACCACAGCUAUUCCAGGGGCUUUCGGUUGUGGGAAGACGGUUAUCUCGCAGGCACUCUCGAAGUACUCUAAUAGUGAUAUUAUCAUUUAUGUUGGUUGCGGUGAGAGAGGAAAUGAGAUGGCUGAAGUUUUAAUGGAGUUCCCUGAAUUAACAAUGGAAGUCGGUGACCGUCAAGAGCCUAUCAUGAAACGCACGACCCUCGUGGCAAAUACGUCCAACAUGCCUGUGGCUGCUCGUGAAGCCUCCAUCUACACUGGUAUCACGCUAUCUGAAUAUUUCCGUGACCAAGGCAGUAACGUAUCGAUGAUGGCCGACUCGACAUCACGUUGGGCUGAGGCUCUGCGUGAGAUUUCUGGACGCUUGGCUGAAAUGCCGGCUGAUUCUGGUUAUCCUGCUUAUCUCGGAACUAAACUGGCUAGCUUCUACGAGCGUGCAGGCAAAGUCCAGUGUCUUGGAAGUCCGCAGAGGCAAGGUACUGUCUCUAUCGUUGGAGCCGUUUCCCCUCCUGGAGGUGAUUUCUCAGAUCCCGUCACAUCUGCCACGCUUAGUAUCGUGCAAGUGUUCUGGGGUCUGGAUAAGAAACUUGCCCAGCGAAAACAUUUCCCAUCCGUCAACUGGAACUUGUCGUAUUCCAAGUACACGAAAAUCCUGGAGCCAUACUAUGAAAAGACACAUUCUGGAUUCGUAGAGCUUCGCAUGAAGACAAAAGAGAUUUUGCAAAAGGAGGAGGAUCUCGCGGAAAUCGUACAACUGGUGGGCAAGAGUGCUCUUGGCGAGAAUGAUAAGAUUACCUUGGAGGUCGCACGUAUGUUGAAAGAUGAUUUCUUGCAACAGAACGGUAUGAGUGAAUACGAUCGAUUCUGCCCCUUCUACAAGACCACGGCCAUGCUUCGCAAUUUCGUCGGGUUCCAUGAUGCAGCUUUGAGAGCAGUAGCUCAAGGAGACCUUACUUUCGCCAAGAUCAAAGACUCGGCGAGCGAUCUAAUGUUCAAGUUGUCUCAGAUGAAGUUCGAGUCGCCAUCUCAAGGUCAAGAACCCAUCACACAGAAAUUGGAUGCGUUGUACACGGAGAUCCAGGACAAAUUCCGACAGAUGGUAGAGUAA